AUGCUCAUGAUGCACAGCAUCGCCAAGGCGGAAUUGAGUCUGCAAGAGGAUGAUACAGCAGCAGCAUUGCAACAGAUUGACACUGGGAUUCAACAGAUUGGGGAGUUCUGCGGCGAAUGUUUACGCGAGGAACACGGUGAAGCAGAAAAUAUUACUCGUGAACGCUAUCUCAGCAACCUCAUAGAAUUUCGAUCUGAUUUGGAGACACUCGAUGCAGACGCUACCGAGGCGGAAAGCGACGAAGAAGAUAUUUUAGCAGAGUUGGAGAGAUUGCUAAAUGAAGACGAAGAAUAG